CCUUGUUGUGAGGCUCGAGUAAGACUUUAGACUCGUCAGUAUGUGGUCGAUGGAAGUCCACAACCAGUUGCAAUACAUGGACACAAACAGCAGUGUUCAACAAUUCCGAGGAAAGGUUUCAACCUCGUCCUUGAUCCUUCUCUUUGUCUUCAAGAUCGAGUUCCCAUCUGAAAGGGAAUUUUCGUGCCGUCCCACGAGCUUUAUACGAAAUAGUUUACUGAUGCAACUCAGCAACAAGUGAGAUGUAGGUAAUCUUGAAUGUAGAAGAGUCCAUCAUUGUGGGAUGUAGGAAUGGAAAGACUCUCGAUCCAGUUCAGAGUCCGAUGAUAUGUAUAGGUUGUCAGUGCUCAAGCGAUAACAUGUCGUUGGCUUCAGCAGUGAUAAUCCGUCGGGAGUUGGGACCAUUUGAAGCAUAGGAAUGCUGGCAAGUAGCAAAUCCAAGGGAAGGGCUUGCAAGAUCGCUGUGUGCGAGUCUUGGAAAACGACGAGCCAUCAUCACAAAGACGAUCCGCCUGUGAAACACAGAAUAAAGAGCACAAACCAGGAAACGCAUCAAGAAGUCAGCACAAAACAAGCUGUUUCUCGACCUGCAGGAUGUUUGCGAUCAAAGUUGUGCUUACAAACAUAUACGCACGAAUACAACUCUUCGGGUUUACAUCUGAUCGUUGAAUUCAGCUCUCUCUGAGCGGAUCUAAAACUGUAAUGCUGAGUUGGAUUCACAUGUUGCAACUGGGAUACACUCUGCUUAAAUCGUGAUGUAGCCAGGUUCUUCUCUUUCAGUCUCGUACUGUGUCACUGACGGUGACCCAACGAGAUGAUCUGUCAGACUCACGAAAUUCUGCAAUGUCUUUGGCGACUCUAGUAGACCUUCGGUGACGAGUGUCAGGUUUUCUUGGUUUGACACGAUCAGGGAGUAGGUCAUGUCUGGAAACUUCUACGUUUUCGACCUGAACUCGUCCGAGCAGUUUCCCUUGGCGUCAUGCUACACCCAUGGAUUAAGCAGAUGACCAACUGUAUAGAUCUUCGCCAGCACUUUCAAAGAAGAUGUUUACACUAACAUAUUCCAGAUAUUCCAUCCAAGUCUCUAAUGUGCAAUCGAGAUUGGAAUCAGAUGAAAUCAGUUUGCAAUCACUACUGUGGAAGAAGACUCUCGAUACCUCUGUUUAUUCUAGCUCUCGUUGGCGUCAGCUUGUCCAACACCUGCUGAAGAUUCAUUCACUUGAUUGAUAAUUCCAAAGAUCGACUUACUUGGAACUCAGGAGCCAGGCAGUGCAGAGGCCUUGUUUGCCAAAGAGAGGACACAUCACUUGAUGAAGAGUUUUCUAAAUCGGUGGCAUGAGGACCCUCGAAUAGGGAUCCCAAAGGUAUAUUCAGAUGAUGAAGAAGCUCUGAGGCCGCUCAUCGACUGGCUCAAUUGGACAUGAGACUUUACUUCUGCUUUUGUCUUGCAUUGUUGUAGCAUGCUGGGGAUCCGGGUAUGUUUGAAAUCCUUUUUCUGAAUGUUGGAUACCGAGAGCCGGAUCUUGACCGAUGGAAUUGAUAAACAAGAGCUUGCCAUGCU